UGAACCAAAAAGUACCAAACACCCCCUAAAAAACAAGCGUGAAGUUGACUAAAACAAAUUAAAGAUGAAGCAAUGUUCUUGGUCAUCAUAAAAUUAUCAAAGAAACCCUUCUUUGUUCACCAAUAAAAACAUCCAACUUCAUCAAAAAUUCUCUAAAAUGGAGGAGAGAGAAAGUAAUAAGAGAGGUAUGAAUUUGUUAGAUUUACCAGAAGGAUGUCUCUCUCACAUCCUUUCACUCACUUCACCUUUCUAUGUUCUUCGUUCUUCUCUCGUCUGCAAAUUUUUCAACUCCAUUGCUAAAUCCGAUUUAGUUUGGGAGAAAUUCCUGCCGUCCGAUUACCACCCCUUCAUCCAACGCUCUUCUUCUUCUCUUUCUACUAAGCUCAUCGUCCUCCAUCUUUGCCGUUCUUUCAUCCUCUUAGAAGAUGAGCAAAAGAGCUUUUCAUUGGAUAAAUGGACUGGGAAGAAAUGUUAUAUGUUUGGUGCCAGAGAACUUGCAAUUGCAUCGGGUGAGAAUCCCCGUUGCUGGAGGUGGAAACCCUUACCUGAGUCCAGGUUUCCAGAGGUGGCAGAACUAUUGGGAGUGGCUGAGCUCUACAUAACAGCGAGAAUUAGUACACAAUUACUCUCUCCAGACACUACUUAUCACAUGUACUUUUCUUUCAUGCUUGGUGCUUGGUCUCGUGGUUUUGAUGUCUGUCCUGUCAAGGUUUUUGUGUCAAAGAUUGAUACUAAUGGUGCAUAUAUUGGAGGUAGUGGCUAUGAUACCUCAAAAACCUUUUAUCUCAAGGCACCUGAAAGUGAUGAUAUGUUUGAUGAUGUAGAGGGUGAAGAAGCUUUUGAGCAUCGAAGAGAUAGUGGUCAUAGAUGGAUAAAGAUAGACAUGGGGAAAUACUUUAACAGGGUAGGUGAUGAUGUUGCUGUAUUAGAAAUGACACUGAUGGGAACAGAGGUAGGUUUACACAAGUCUGGGCUCAUUGUCCAUGGAAUUGAGAUCCUGCCUCUCGAUUGAGUUUUAGAUUUCGGUAUUCAAGAUUGUGGUUGCAAGGUCAAGUCUCUUGUACAGCUCUCUGUACCCUCUGGCUGGGUAAGUUGGUUGACACUCAUUCAUGAAGAUGUUACGGUAUCUGUGUUUUUCUGUAUCUGAACUCUGAACUCAAAUUGUUAUGUUUACCAGGUGGUGGCCUCUCCACCUCCUUCCCUGGUGGCUGGUGUAUUAUUGCCCCCUUUAUGUGUUUGGUGGAGUCCUUGUUUGGUUACUUAAAGUUGGUCAUAAGGGGGAUUUCAUAAAUUUUCGACAUGGGUGUACAUGUACCUAAAUCAUUCAAGAAACACUCGUGUGUGUGUGUGUAAGAAAUUGUUGGUUUUGUUGAAACAAAUCUCAUUAGUAAUGCAUUGCUAACUUAAAGACA